AUGGAUACUACAAAUAAUUCAGACAAACAUUCAAUAAUCCCAUCAUCAUCAUCCUCAACAACAGCAACACCAUCAUCAUCAUCUUAUACAUCUAAUCAACAUAAAAUUAAACGAUUAAAAAUCUUACAAGAAAUUGAAGAUCGUAAAUUUCAAUUAAAUUAUAAUCGUUUAAUGAAAGAACAAAAUAAAAUCUGUAAACAACUUGAUAUACAACGUUUACAAUUUACUAGAAGAUUUUCUGAAACAAAUUUUAAUUUAUCAUUAGAUGAAUUACCAUGUAAAUUAUUAAAAAAUGAUAAUAUCAUAUUAGAUUUUAAAAAAUUUAAACAACAACCACCACAACAACAACCAUCACCACAGCAACAACAUUCUAUAACAAUUAAUGAUCAUGUACAUUCAUAUUAUGAUUUGAAUUCACAAGAUAAUAUUCAUGAUAAUGAUCAUUUAAAUCAACCAUUUUGGUUAAGAUUACGUUCAUUAGGUGUACCAUCUGAUGAAGAUACAUUAUUAGCUGCAUUAACAUGUAAAAAUAUGAAUAUUGAUAAUAAAUUAGAAUCUAAUCAUAAUGAAGAUGAUGUAUUUGAAUCAAAUUGUAAAUUAUCAAUCAUAAAUAAUCAAUUAACAAGAAGAAUUUCAAGAAAUAUAGAAAAACAACGUUCUUCAAGUGUAACCGGAGCUGAUGAAAUAUUGAAAAAUGUAUUAACUGAUAAUAAUAAUAAUAAUAUAAAACGAAUUAAACGUUCAUUAAGUUUAGAAGAGAAAACACCGAAUUGGUUAGUAACAUUAAAUCAAAUGAAACGUGAUAAAUUAUCUCGUAUUAAUUCAAAUAAACAAGAAGAAAUAACAGCAUUAUUUAAAGGUAAUAAAUUCUAUGGUAAUAAUAAACGAUCAAAUGUACUUACUAUUAAAUAUCAACCACGUAAUGAUCGUCUUAUUAAAUCACAUAGACAUACUAUUGUUGGUAUAACACAUGAAUUUACACCAUUAUAA